CCCUCUUCAAGUUCAUCUCAUUGAUAAUAAUCGCGGUUUCUUUUCCAAGUAGGAAUCGGACGAAAUGAUGAAGAAGAAUCAGCAGCAGCAGCAGAAGCAGAAGCAGAGCGGCAGUAGUAUGCCCAAAGAGCUUCCUCGCCGGAUGACAUUCGAGAACAGUUCCCUGAAAUUAUCAGAAGACGAUACUUCCCACUUAGUUGGUAGCAUAGUCGAGAAGGGCAUCACCGAAACCGGACCUAUUGCACCUACUUCGGCUCCUCGCAUCACAGUUCUUCCUUUUCCGGUCGCUCGUCAUCGCUCUCAUGGCCCUCAUUGGGUUCCAAGAAGUGUUCAAAGUGUUGGUAAUUAUGAUCAAGAAAUGGAAGAGGAUGCUGAAGAUGAAGAUAUGACGGGGUUUGACCCAAUUGCAGCUUUUGCGAAUCCAGUAAAAAGGAAAGAGAAAAGAGGAUUGGAUUUUAGCAGUUGGCGGGAAAUUGUAGCAGGCAAUGAUCCUUCUUCUUUGAAAAAAAAAGUAAAUAUCCAUGUUGAGACCAACAAGGAAGGGAAGACUCCUGGAGUAGCCAAAGUUCCAGAAAAUAUUAGCAGCUCUCUUUCUACAAAUGGGGCUGCGCUAGCAAAAGACGUGGACAUGGAAAAUGGAGCUCAUCUGUUAUAUGAAGGGAAAUCAAAAGAUUUGAUUAUGCCUUCGCAAUCAUGGGAACCGAACACUGAGGUGAAGAAAGUUCUAUCUCCGGAGGCAUCGAAAGGUGAAAUUCUAGUAGAUAAACGGGAUCGAAUAACUUCAUUAUCCCAAACAACAUCCAUUUUUACUUCCAAAGAGGUGGAAGACACCCAAUUUUCUACCAGUAUGGAGAGGGAAAUUGACGCUGAGAAUCGCGCCCUGUUACAGAGAAUGACAGAUGAUGAAAUUGCGGAGGCACGAGCAGAGAUUUUGGAGAAGACAAAACCUUCUCUAAUAGAGGCUUUAAGGAAACGUGGAAAAGAUAGAUUGAAGAGUUCAAGUAACUCCAACUCUAACAUGGCUGCCGGCAGAAACCUUAGUGAUAUGCAGGAUGGCGCAUAUGAAAAUGGUUCGCGUUUGAGAAAUGACAUCUCCUCUGAAGAAACAAUGCCAGGAUCAGUCACCACAAGGCAAGUGCUGGCAUCCACGAAAGUUAGUAACACAGAAGUGAAGGUUGCACAGAAAGUGCAGGAUUCUAGACCGGGGAGUAGCAAUUUGUGGAAUGACUGGAAUAGAAGGGUUGAGGCUGUAAGGGAAUUAAGAUUCUCGUUAGAUGGUGAUGUUACUGAAAGUGAUUUUGUCCCGGAGCUAAAGCCUGGUGCAUCCAAUCAGAGUGGGUAUACUGCUGAGAACGUUUCUGAACGUGACUUCCUUCGAACUGAAGGAAAUCCUGCCGCUGCAGGUUACACAAUCAAAGAAGCAGUAGCUCUAACAAGAAGUGUGAUACCAGGUCAACGGGCUUUAGCUCUGCAUUUAAUUGCAUCCUUGCUCGGUAGAGCGUUGGGACACCUUUGCUCAAACAAAAUUCUCGGCAGCAAGGAAAAUGUUGAAACAAGCAGGUUAAUUGACUGGGAAGCAAUUUGGGCAUAUACUCUUGGUCCAGAGCCGGAGUUGGUUUUAUCAAUGAGGAUAUGUCUAGAUGAUAAUCACUAUUCGGUAGUUUUGGGCUGCACAAAAGUCAUCCACUGCAUGUUGAGUUGUUACAUCAAUGAGAAGUACUUUGAUAUCUCUGAGAAACUAGAAAGCUCUCCAAAGGAUCUCUAUACUGCUCCUGUAUUCAGAAGAAGGCCAGAAAUUGACUUUGGUUUCCUUCAUGGAGGCUUCUGGAAGUAUAGUACUAAGCCUUCUAAUAUGUUGCCUCCUGAGGAAGAUAAUGUGAAUGGUGAACCUGAAGGAGAGCAUACCAUUAAGGAUGAUGUCACUAUUGCUGGCCAAGAUGUUGCUGCAGGUUUCAUUAGAAUGGGAAUUCUUCCAAGGCUUUCUUAUCUCCUUGAGGCAAACCCAUCUGCAGCUUUGGAGGAGUACAUAAUAUCUAUACUGAUUGCAAUAGCAAGGCAUUCUCCUGUCUCCACAAACACUAUCAUGCAUCACACAAGAUUGGUCACGAUUCUUGUUGAGCGAUUUAUGAACAAAGAUCUAAUGGAAAUCAGUUCUUCUAAGAUAAAAUCUAUUACCCUCCUGAGGAUCUUGGUUCGAUCAAACAAGAAGAAUUGUAUACAAUAUCUGAAUGAUGGUACUUUUCAGAAUGUUACGUGGCACCUCUGUAGGUCCGUAACCUAUAUUGAUCACUGGAUUAAAUCGGGAUUUGAUAACUGUAAACUAUCAUCAGGGUUGAUGGUUGAGGAACUACGCUUUUGGAAGGGUUUUCUACAGUAUGGAAACUGUGCAUCUUACUUCUCUGAUUUUUUCCCAGCUAUCUGCAUAUGGUUGAACAUUCCAAACUUUGAAAAGCUCAUAGAGAAGAAUCUCCUAGAUGAAUAUGCUGCCAUCACAAGAGAAGCCUUCCUUGUUUUAGCAGUUCUGACUAGAAGACUUCCUAAUUUUUAUUCAAGUCAUAAUCAAGAAGCUGCGAGUGGGAAAGAGGAUGUAGAUAGUUGGUGUUGGGUCCAUGUGGGCCCCAUGGUUGAUUUGGCUAUGAAGUGGAUUGAGUUUUUUAAGGAUACUGAUUAUACUUCUAUCAUCCAUAAGUCCGGAAGUUCAUUACUCUGGGUGAUCUCAGCGGUCUUUUAUUUUCUUUCUGGAGUGCUAGAAAGAGUGAUCCCAGAUGAUACAGCAUGCUUUGCUAGCGGGCAUCUUCCGUAUCUUCCAGAUUUCAUUCCUAGGAUUGGGCUCGGAUUAGUUAAAAAUGAAUUUUCAUUUACCUCAUGGGAACACCAUUCAGGUUAUGCUACGGAUCCUAAUAUGACAAACUCUUAUAUUGAGUAUCUUUGUUAUCUGAGAAAACAAGGUGAGGAUGAGACGUCAUUGGCUUCUGUUUGUUGUCUUACUGGAGUAGUCCAAGUUGUUAAUUUUGUUAAGAGACUGAUUCAUCUGGCUAAGCCUGGGAUACCGACGAUAGAUAAUACGACACUUCCUGAUCAAAUACUGAAGUCAGCUCUCAGUGAACUCAGAAGUGUGCUCAACAUUUUCAUGCAGUUAAUUUCUUCUGAGUGGGAUUUUGUCCAGUCUGUGGAAACAUUUGGACGGGCAGGUCCCGUUCCAGGGGUUGGACUGGGCUGGGGUGCGACUAAAGGUGGGUUUUGGUCUGAUCGUGCUUUACGGGUUCAAACAGAUGCCGCGUUGGUUGUUAAUUUGCUUGAUGUCUUUAAAAUUACAUUUCACAUGGAUUUUCCUACAGAAGAUAGGACUUUUACUACCCAAUGGAUAGUUUCAGCUCUUGAGCUGUGUUUAACUGUAAUGCCCAAGUCUGGUUUAGUUCUGGACAAGGUGUUUGAUCUCUUAUUCCAGGUCCCUGUGUUGGAGUAUCUUGGUUCAUGCAUCAGAGGUUUUAUCCAUCCUGAUAAACAACCAAAAUCAACCAUGGAACUGAAAGAAGAGGAUUUCCUUGUUUUUAGCAAGACCCUAGCCUCCCAUUUCAAAAAGAGAUGGUUGGGCAUAAAAAGGAAGAAAACUGCUGACAGAGAUGGUAAUAGUCAGAAAAAAAACAAGAAAGUUGGUGAGACUCUAGAUACAAUUCACGAGGAAUGUGAUAUGACUGGUUCAGAACAGCAAUGCACGUCUUUGGCAGUAGAAUGGGCUCACCAGAGACUUCCCCUUCCACUACACUGGUUUCUCAGUGCGAUCUCAACUGCCAAUGACAGCAAGAGUUGUUAUGUUCCAGCUUCGUCUAGCGCAAUGAACCUGGAUUGUGGGGAAACUGCUGAUCUUCUUGAAGUAUCCAAGAGUGGGCUUUUCUUUCUUUUAGGUCUCGAAGCAAUGUCAUCUCUUGCUUCUGCUGAUAUCUGUUCUCCUGUCAAUAGAGUGCCAAUAGUUUGGAAAAUGCAUUCUCUAUCUGUACUCCUCUUUGAUAUAGGUGUUCAAGAAGAGGAAAAAAGUAGGUUCAUGUACAAAGAAUUACAAGAUGUCUAUGGCCAGAUUCUCGACAAAUCUAGAUUGGGCAGAGAGGAAACUAUAAUAACAUAUGAACUUUUGAAGUUCCAAUCUGAAAUACAAGAAAGUUAUGAUACUUUCCUUGAAAACUUUGUUGAUCAGUUUUCUGCGGUAUCUUAUGGUGAUGAAGUUUAUGGCCGACAACUAGCAAUUUACCUACAUCGAUGCGUUGAGACUCCAGUGAGACUUUCUGCCUGGACUAUACUGGCUAAUGCCCAUGUUCUUGAACUUCUCCCACCUUUGGAAAAUUGUAUUGCUGAGGCUGAAGGAUAUCUUGAGCCACCUGAGGAGGAUGAAAAAAUAUUGGAGGCCUAUUUAAAGUCAUGGGAAUCUGGUAACCUAGACAGAUCUGUAACUCGAGGAUCAUUAGCUUACAGACUGGUUCUGCAUCACCUUUCAUCAUUUAUAUUCUUCUCAAAUAAAGAUGACAAGCUAACAACACGAUAUAAGCUGGCCAGGUCGCUUCUGCGAGAUUACUCCCGGAAACAACAACAUGAGGUGAUGAUGAUGAACUUUGUUGAGUACCAGCCAGCCCGAAUGAACAAUUCAUCGUUAGGUCAGGAUGGCUUAGGACAAAAGUUUGAAGUUUUAAGAGAGGCAUGCGAAGGAAGUUCUUUACUCUUGCGUGAAGUUGAAAAGUUGAGGUUGGCUUGCCACAAAAAUGCAGCUUGUGGAAACAAGUAAUUUCUGAUAAAAGUGAAAAAUAAUGUAUUUUUUGACUUGUAAAUAUAAUUAAACCAAUCAGAAUAUGCUAGUACUUUUGUGCUCCAUCAUGUUUGAUUUUAGGUUAACUCUAUUCUGGUUGCCUUCAAGAGUUCAGAUUGAUAGAUAUUUUUGAAUUAGUACUUCAAAAACUCCACACUUAGUUUGC